ACACUCACAGUCACAGGAUGGCCGCCGUCUCGCCUCGCCGCCGUCGAACGCCUCAGACCUUCAUCAUCGUCCUCUUCGUCCUGUCAGGUGGACACUUUUCGUCUGUUUCCUGUUUUAAAGUGCUGGAGGGGGGCGUGGCCUCUCUGUCCUGUCAGUACUCCGUGAAGCGUUUCGGGCUGAGCCGGGUCUGCUGGGGCCGCGGCUGCGGAACCUUCUGGUGCAACAACAUCCUGGUGCAGACGGAUGAGAACGGCGUCAUCUCCAAGGUGGAGGACCGGUACCGGCUGACCGGGGACGUCCUGGACGGACAGAUGGACCUGGACAUCCUGAAUGUGCGGCGGACGGACAGCGGGCCGUACUGCUGCAGGGUGGACAUCGACGGCAUCUUCAAUGACAAGAAAGUGAUCAUGAACCUGAGGGUGGUCAAAGCUCCGGUCACCAGCUCUCCUCCAACAACAACAACAACCACGGCAGCUACAACCAAUCAAGUGACGGAGCCGUCGACCUCCACAGUAAACUGGAAAUCCCUGCUGUCGUCUCAGCUGGAUCUUCUGAGGAGGAACUCCACCCUGCAGCGCUCUGACACCAUCACUGUGGAGGACUCUCUCCCCUCUCUCUCCCUUCAGAUCAACGUUCCCGUCCUCUCGCUCUCCCUCAGCGUGUUGUUGAUGUUGGCAGCAGUUUUUCUCUUUCUGGCGUUUAAACGUGGAAUAUACAGAAGAGCCUUAAAGACCGGCUGUUUCUCCUCUGAAGAGCAUCCUCACAUCAUCUACGAGAUCCGGAUGAGAAGACCGGUCCAGGAGAACAUCUACACUCUGGACUAGAGAGCCUCGUUCACACCUGGACCACACAAAACAUAGGAGGAGCUCACGUUAAACUUCACAACAUUUCAUAUUCUAUCAUGCACACACACUUUCAUCAUACAGCUACAUGAGUCUGACUGAGCAGGUGCUGCUUUGUCUACAUUUUAUUCAGUAUGCGAAAUAUGAAUAUGACAGUCAGGGGGUCCUGAAUAAAUCAGCUGUUCUCAGAGGAGAACCAGGACCCAGAACACUGUUUGAGGCUAGAAAGGUUGGCAGGGUCCGCCAACAUAUACACAAAGUAAGACAGUGCAAGCUGUGUUGUCCUUUAAUCUCUGUUUGUUUGUUCAGUCAUUUCAUUUGUUGAGGCAGAAAAAAAAAUCAGCCAGUGACGAUCUUCCUCUGCUCAUUAACAUUUCUGCCCCAAAACUACAGACUGCUCCUUUAAACUACAGACUGCUCCUUUAACGCAGGACUUCUUGUUUUCUUAAAAAAUGGUUAAAAUCAUCUCGGUCCAGUUCAGUGCUCGUUCGAUGACAGUCUCCAUGGAAACAUCUAACAGCAGGACUAAAAUUAAUUUUCGGGACCCCCUGUAGCUCUCCUGCGUUUCCAACACCGACUUAAUUUGAGCUGCCGCUGUGUGUGUGUGUGUGUGUGUGUGUGUGUGUGUGUGUGUGUGUGCAGCGAGGCUCUCUGAGCAGGACUCUGCUGCUGUUUUCUUUGUUUCCAGUGGUUGUAACGUUUUUUUUUUAAACAAUCUGAAUAAAAACCAAACAAAAUCCAGCAGACUGUGUCUGAAACUCGUUCUUCAUAACACAUGAAGCCACAUAACUGACAGCAGACGACAGAUACUGAGGCAGUCACAGGUCAGUCGCUCCAGCAUUAUGUGAACACGUAUUUGAUGAAAAUAGUCUGUAACAUCAUCAGACUGAUGUUCA